AUGGGGUCCGAUCUGGACUACGCGCAUCCCCAGGUCGAAGCCGACGUCCUCGCCUGGGGCAAAUGGCUCGCGCAGACCCUGCCCCUCAAGGGCGUCCGCUUUGACGCCAUAAAACAUUACAGCGAAGAUUUCCUGCGCAAGUUCAUCACCAUACUGGACGAGACCUACGGCCAAGGCUGGUUCUUCGUCGGUGAGUUCUGGAAGGACAGUCUGGACGAUAUGACCCGCUACCUCGACAGAAUGGGCAAGAAGUUUUCGCUUUUCGACGCGCCGCUGGUGUAUAACUUCAGCCAGAUCAGCAAGAGCUCCGGCGCAGACCUUCGGAAAGUCUUUGACGACACGCUGGUGGCCUCUAUGCCUGUCAACGCAGUGACGCUGGUCAUGAACCACGACACGCAACCCUACCAAGCCCUCGAAGCGCCCAUAGAAGGUUGGUUCAAGCCGCUAGCCUACGCCCUGAUCCUGCUGCGCGGCGAGGGCUACCCAUGCCUCUUCUACGGCGACCUCUACGGCAUCAAGGGGGAGCACCCGUUCCCGCCCGCCUGUGGUGGUAUCCUGCCUAAGCUCGCGCUCGCCCGCAAGCUCUACGCCUACGGGAAACAAGCCGACUACUUCGACUACGCGACGUGUCUCGGCUGGGUGCGCUACGGGACGUGGGACCGGCGCGCGGGCUGCGCCGUCGUGCUGAGCAACGCCGGCCCCGGCGAGAAGCGCAUGCACGUCGGCGAGGUGCAUGCCGGCGAGGUGUGGACCGACGUGCUGGGCUGGAGCGACCGCGAGGUACGCAUCGGCGACGACGGGUUUGGCGACUUUGUGUGCGGCCAGACUAGCGUCAGUGUGUUUGUCAACCGCGACGCGGAGGGCAGGGGGAAGUUUGCUGAGAAAUUGUGA